AAGAUCAAGUUCUCGAGGCUGAUAACAUAAUAAGGUUGUGGAUGGCUGAGGGUUUCGUACCAAAUGGAGAAGAAAGAAUGGAGGAUGUCGCUGAAGGCUUCUUGAAUGAGCUAAUAAGACGAAGCUUGGUUCAAGUGGUGCAUACGUUUUGGGAAAAAGUUACUAAAUGUAGGGUUCAUGAUUUACUCCGUGAUCUUGCCAUACAAAAGGCAUCCGACACAAACCUCUUUGACAUUUAUCAUCCAAGAAAGCACUCCAAAUCCUCUUCAUGUAUCAGACUUGCCAUUCAUGGCCAAGGAGAAAGGUAUCACUUACUUGAUCUUUCUAAUUUGAAGUUGAGGUCAAUUAUGUUCUUCAAUCUAGGUUUUCCUAAUGUGUUCCAACAUAUAGAUGUGUUUCGACAUAUAUAUGUGUUGUACUUGGAUAUUUUUUAUGGUGAAGUUAUACCUGAUGCCAUAGGGAGUUUGUACCACCUAAAGUUGUUAAGCUUGAGAGGUAUCCGUGAUCUUCCAUCUUCCAUUGGCAACCUCAAGAAUCUACAGACACUUGUUGACAAUGCGUGGAUAUUCGCCUCCUGCAAACUACCCCGCAAGACAGCUAACCUGAUAAAUCUAAGACAUUUAGUUGUUCAGUAUUCAAAACCUCUGGCACAUAUAAGCAAACUCACUAGUCUUCAAGUUCUUGAAGGCGUUGGUUGUGAUCAAUGGAAAGAUGUUGACCCUGUUGAUUUAGUCAAUCUUCGAGAAUUAAGUAUGCAUUGUAUUACGAAAUCCUACUCCCUAAACAACAUUAGCAGCCUGAAAAACCUUAGCACUCUCACAUUGUUGUGUAAAGAUGAUGAAUCAUUCCCAGCCCUUGAAUUUGUUAAUUGUUGUGAAAAGCUCCAGAAAUUGUGGUUAAGAGGGAAAAUAGAGAAAUUGCCAGAUCUGUUUCCAAAUUCCAUCACAAUGAUGCUUCUUUGGAAGUCAAAACUCAUGGAAGAUCCGAUGCCUAUUUUGGGAAUGUUGCCAAACCUAAGGAAUCUCAAACUAGAAGAUGCUUAUGAAGGAAAAGAAAUAAUGUGCAGUGAUAACAGUUUCAGUCAACUAGAGUUCCUUCGUCUUGAUGGUCUUGAGAACCUAGAAACAUGGCAUUUAGGCACAAGUGCAAUGCCUCUCAUUAAAGGUCUUGGUAUCUAUGACUGUCCAAAUUUAAAGGAGAUUCCUGAGAGAAUGAAAGACGUGGAGCUGUUGAAGAGGAAUUAG